GUUUACAUCCGGGACAUGACGACCGUUACGCCGCUCAUGCUGGCGCUGUUCGGGGGCUCGCUGCAAGUGCACCACGAACGGCAGGCGAUCACCGUCGACAGCUGGCUCCACUUUAGAGCGGCGCGUCGGGCGGCGACCCUCGUCAAGUACCUCCGGGUGCACAUGGAGAGGCUGCUGCUGCGGAAGAUCACGCAUCCGCAGGAGGACGUGUCGGACAACGGCCGAGACCUUAUUCAGGCAAGGCGAAACACCAACACACGUGUUGCUACCUGCGCCGAGGACAAGGCCAACGAAUCACGGCAACCAAUUUCAAUGCCCAAUUAUAUAUUUCCGCGUCAUGACCCCAACCCACACCCCUCUAUUCCCGUCUGCGACGAUAUCGGCGGUUUCAAUCUUCCUCGUUCGGUGUCUACCUUGCUGAGAUCGGGGGCGAGGCGAGCGGGCGCCCAGCAAGACUACAGCACCGAGAUGCUCGCAGCGGAGAUCAACGGUGUGCGGCAGGGAGGGGGUGGGGUCGAUGGGUGGGGCGGUGGCAGUGGCGGCGGCUACGGGCGGCAGCAGCAGCAGCAGCAGCAGCAGCAGCAGCAGCAUGGCCGACAGGGUCAACACGAACAGACCACGGCUCUGGAGACAGACCAGAAACAACUGCGAGUGAUGCAGCGCCGCGAGCAGGAAGACGCGGUUCGCAGAAGCGCCGUUCCAGCCGGCGGACACGCCAGCUUCAACCGCAGCAGCAACGGCGGCGGUAACGGCUACAGCGGCGGCGGCGGCGCUUCGAGGUCGAGGGACACGACGGGCGGCGGGGUCAGCGAGGAGGAGCUGUUCGCGCCCCUUCGAUCCGGCCUCCCCUCCACCGACACGCCCGUCCGCAUCCCAACGGCAACCGCUAGGCCGUCGGCAGGGAGCAGUACCGGCGGUGCAGGAGGCGGCCGGGGCGACCGGUAUCGUGACGACAAUGACGGCCAAGGUGGUUGGGGACGCAGGGGCGGCGGCGGUGGGAGCGGCAGAGGUCGGGGAGGGGGGAGAGGAGGCAGGGGGGGGGGGGGGAGGAACGGGGGCCGGGGCGGUGGCAGAAGAGGUGGACGGCAUUGAGGAGAGGUUUCCGCGUGUGUCUUGUCAGUACACCCCGAAAUGGACCGUGAGUCCCAUCGCGGGUAAGGAAGCGGUUGUCUCAGCAGUAGCAGUUGCGGCAGUUGCGCUGGGCAGGCACACAUGAACGCUUGCUCUGUUGGGUGCUGGUAUUCUCGACGUUGGCGACGGCGCUGAGUUCGAACGGGAAGAGAUGCCUUCGUGCGAGGUAUUCAGCAUUGUGUACCGUUUUCGUUCGUUCGUGCACCGGUGUAUUCUCUUUGCGAAAUUGGCCGUAGUGGCUUCAUGCGGCCUCAGCCGUUGCCGGGUCAGCCGGUCGAGAGUGCAGCCGCGUGAGACGCUUGCUCGCUCGAAAAAAUCGCGCUGUUGUAGUUCGGUUACCUGGUUUUGGCUGAGUUUCUCACUAGCAGGGGGUGUAGCCAAGACUCUCAUGUUUUACCCUCUCAUGUGUCGACAAGUUUCUCAGAACGUUUUCUAGGGGUUAACUUAUGUUCCUGUCGGCUAGUUUCGCGCAAAGCCAAGGAGAGGGAUGAAAUCACUCGACCGGGGUGGCCGAUGCAGGAGGACAGAGUAACAAGAUCAGUGUAGAGACGGAGCGUACGACAGACCUGAUGAGGCUUUGGUCGGACCGCCAUGAAGCCCGGAAAUGCUCAUGGUCAGAUGCACUCGUUUGUGCAAUAAGCAUCACUCCCUUGCCGGAAGUACCGCCACCUGCUUUGCCGCAGCUCUA